AUGGCACAGAAUGGAAGAAGUAUCCUCGGCAUGAUUCUCAAGAACUUCAUAAAAUCAUUAAAACCGAGGCAAAUUCAAGGCGAUUUGAUUGGAACAGACUAUUUUGGAAAUAAAUAUUAUGAAAUACCAGCAAAUCCCAGUAUUGGUAAACGGAAGCCAUCAAGGUGGUUUGAACCCCAUGAAAAAGAUAAUUUUGAGCAGGAAAUGCCAGCAGAAUGGGAAUCUUGGCUGAGAGGAAGACGGGAUACACCUCCAUUAGAAGAAGAAAUAAUGAAAAAUGUAGCUAUAAUGAACUUAAAGAAGGCUAAUGCUGCAGAGUUAGAAAGAAAGAAUCAACAUGAACUUCAUGGUCUUUUGGAGAGAGAGAAGAAAGGCCUGGAGUCUUUCCCAACAUAUAAAGAGUACAGUAGUGAACCUAGCAAACCACAGCAAUCAUAA